AGGAACACGUAUGGACAGUCAUUAUUUUCUAUAUGCUCAGAAAUGGCUCUCGGGGAAAAUGAUCAAAUAAACACUUUUGAAAUAAUUGUAACCAACUUUAUGCUAAUACGCCAUAGGCUGAGCUCCUCUAUUCUAGCUGUAUUUGUUUUAUACUAUUAUUUGCCUAUUAUUUUUACAAACGUUGGAUAUUUUCUUUAAAAGUGUAUUUUUGGGGGUUGAUAGACAGUCGCCAGGAUAGCAGAGUAACAGGUCCUUAUUGCGUAUUGAACUGCACCGGACACUACACAGACUGAAAGAUUCCUAAAGAUUUGGAGUCGAGUGAACCCCUUCAUCCAUCUAACCACCGGACUAUGUGGUUUACCCACCUCGCCCUGCUGCUGCUCCGGCUGGCGGUGUCCACCGAGGGGCUCUCCACCUGCAAGUCUUUCAGCCUGGAUGAUCAGAAACCCAAGUGCAUCGAGGCCGUCCGCGGCCAGAUCCUCAGCAAACUCCGCUACCGGAGCCCACAGCCCGAGGCCGUACCCGCCGAGGUGAUGCUACUCUACAACAGCACCAAAGAGCUGUUGAAGGAGCGUGCGCGUCAGUCCGAUUCCGCGUGCGACCGAGAGAGCAGCGAGGAGGAUUAUUAUGUAAAAGAGGUUCAGCGCAUAGACAUGCGUAAGCAGCGCACGGACACAAAUGCAGUGAACCCUCCCGUCCCCAGCCCGUAUUACAGACUGGUGGGGUUCGAUGUGAGUGUUGUGGACAGGAACUCCAGCACCCUGGUCAAAGCUGAGUUCAGAAUCUACAGGACACCAAACCCCCAGACCCGCACCUCAGAGCAGAGAGUAGAGAUCUAUCAGGUGAAAAAGCAGAAGAGGCAACCGGUCCUUCGCAGAGAUACAUCCACUCCAGAACGGUUCGCCCACGGACCAAGGGGGCGUGGCUCUCGGUGGAUGUCAGACACUGUGACGGACUGGCUGGCUCAGAGGUAA